AUGGAAAUGAGCGUCAGCGUGGUUGCUGUCGUUUGUGCAGGACUGAGACCCCCUGGCAGCCCGGCUCAGCAGCAGUCCCUGGACAGCAGCAAGGGAGAGUCUGGAGGUUCCCCUUGGGGGAUGGACCCACUCCCCCGUCCCCCGUCCCCCCCACCUCCCCAAGCCAGCGGGGGCUCGGGGAGCCAGCCGGCAGCCUUUGUUAGAGAGGGCAGGACGCCCCCGGCCGCGCUCCCGGAGCUGGACCCCAAGCCCUGCCCGGGGGAAACAUGGCAUCUGAAUUCGGGGCUGUACCUGCCGCUCGCCCGCCAGCUGCGCCCCCGGGAGCCGAGGGCGCCGGGCGGGUCCCGCCGAGCCGAGAAACGACGAAGGAGCCGGGCGAGAGGAGAGCGGCUCAGCCCAUCCAUCCGGCCCGGGGACAGCUCCCGAGUGCGGCUCAGCCCGGCCACGGGGGGAGACGGGGCUGGAGGGGGCGGGGUCCGGCCGGGGAGGACAGCGGAGCCGGGGGGAGGCGCGGCUCUGCCGGCGGGAGGGGGCGGCCCCGCCGGGGACCCAGCGAGGGAACGGGGGAGGGGCGGGGCAGCCAAGGCCGAGGGCCCCGAGGGCCCCGCCGCCUCAGAGACAAGUCUCCCCGGGUCGCACCGCCCGGACUCAGACACCACAAGGGGAGGGACGGAGCCGCGGGGGGCCCCGGGGCUCGGCCGCGGCUCCCGUCAGACCCUCCCUCAGCAGCAGGGACCCUCCUCCGCCGCCUCCGGGCCGCGGGGAACGCCGGAGGCGCACCUGCAGUGUGUGGAGCAAGAUGGGCCACGGCCCGUCCCCGCGGAGGAGGACGAGCUCCGAGACAUCUCCCGCAGCCAAAGACCGGCGCACAGGCCGGGCCCUCAUCACAACUCCCCACAGCCUGUAAAGGGAACCAGCCCAUUUCCUUUUACCCCUGCUGCUAAUGCUGGUGUGGCCCUGGACUCCAUCCUGCCAGGAACACCAGCCUCCUUCAAGGCUCCCCCCGAACACCAGCUCUUUGCCAAGUUUGUUCUGAUCCGCCUUCCUCGGGUUGCAAGCGGUCCCAUUGCCACCAAGUGCUUAGCCCCAAGUGCCUGGUUCCUAACAGGGACCGUGUGGGGCCAUGUAUCAUGUAAGGGGCAAGAAAAGCAGCAGCCCACCCAGAGGAGAAAGAGGGAACCUCCCAUGGGCUGCUGUCUCUGCUCUCGAAUCCCCGGGGCUUCUGCGGAGGCAGAGGGGAAGUCAAGGCCAGAGAGAGAAAAGCUGCAAAAACGGCAGAAAAUAAAAUACGGGCGUAGAAAUGGGAGCCGGACCAGCCCGGAGGCCAGCAGCGUCGCCAGGAACGGGGAGCUUCGGGAAGAAAGCGUUCCUCCCGGGGACCGCGACCUCGGCCCCACUCUUCUGCUCCGAGCAGGAAGUUCCUCUGGCACAGAGAAGGGGGCAGAAGGCAGCGUGAGGGCCACAGCGGCCCUGCGGAGUCUGGGGGUCCUGCUGCUCUCCUGGCCAGAGACGGCCGCCACAGCCACGCGGGAGGAGGAGAGCUCUGUCCCGGCGCGGGGACAGAGACGCGGAGAGCGCUCGGCCUUCGUGGGGACCGAGGAUGCCGUGGGUGAGAUACUGACUCGCACGCGGAUCGGAUUAAGGGGGGCAGAACGGCACAGGGCCGGCAGCUUCCCCCCCACCCAGAGCCCUGGCAGCGAGACAGAGGUCAGCAGGAGCCAGCGGCGGGACAGAGGUCAGCAGGAGCCGGCGGGCAGGACAGAGGUCAGCGGGGCCCGGCGGCGGGACAGAGGUCAGCGGGGCCCGGCGGCGGGACAGAGGUCAGCGGGGCCCGGAGGCGGGACAGAGGUCAGCGGGGCCCGGAGGCGGGACAGAGGUCAGCGGGGCCCGGCGGCGGGACAGCGGUCAGCGGGGCCCGGCGGCGGGACAGAGGUCAGCGGGGCCCGGCGGCGGGACAGAGGUCAGCAGGAGCCGGCGGCGGGACAGAGGUCAGCGGGGCCCGGCGGCGGGACAGAGGUCAGCGGUGGCCGGCCUCGGUCUGGGAGGUCCCACCAAGCUCUCCGGAGGCCUGCGCCGCCCUCGGCACGUGGAUGCAGUGGGAUAUCACUGAGCCACGAGAAGCAGGGAGGCUGGAGACUCAGAGGGUUCGGCCGUCCUGGCCUUCUGGGGCUCUCCAUCUCCCACCUCCCUCUCUUUGUCCUAACUAUGGGAGCACGGACCGGAGAGCUUCCAGCCACUGCGGAGGGAACGAGUAGGGGGGCGUCCCGAAGUGGGGAGGAGAGGGGGGACAGGGUUCGGCUGAUGCAGAUGCCUUCCCCUCCUCCCGCCCCAAAACCUUGCAGCACGCGGGCUUUUCGGAAGGAAAGGGGGUUCUGGCGAGCCCAGGUUGGCGAGAGAAUUUCCCGGGAGCUGGGAGCCCCCCUCCCCCGACCGCCGCUGCUCCCCGCCUCCCCUCACCCCGCUUCCCGGGUCCGGCUGGAUGCUGCCCUCGCGUCCUGCUUCCCAGGAGAGGGCUGGGGAGAGCAGGGGGCGCAGAGAGAGGGAGGGGAGCCGGUCCGCUUGGGGAGCGGCUGGCUGAGUGCGGCGCAGUUCCGGCCACUGGGCUGGGCUGCAGCGCCGGCCCGAUGCCCGCCUUCCCCCCCCCACACCCCUCAAACUUCAGCGCGCCCCCCUCCCCCAGCCACAGGACGGGCACGGACCAGGGCUGGCCUCCGCGACCCCACCGCCAGUCAGGGAGCCCGCGAGGGCUCCGCCAAGACGGAGGGCUGCGGCGGCAAGCGGGGGAGGGGGGCUGCGGCGACAAGCGGGGAGGUGGGGGGGCUGCGGGUGCGGGAGGCAAACCCUUCUCUGCGGGCGCUCCCGGGAGCCGCCUUACCUUAG